GCUCGGCACGUCAAAGCGCUGCGUCGGUGCGGCGCGCGGAGCUGCGGGGGGAAAGGCACCCAGCUUGGUUGUGCAAGCGCCGGGAAGAAGAAAAAAAAACCUUUAGCCUAUUGAAGUGGGUCCGGCUCCCCGGUUGGUUCCGCCUCUCGGGCCCCGGGACUCACCGGACCGCGAGCGCACCGGGCCGGGCCGCGAACUCGCCAAUUGCGGAGCUUCACCGGCCACCGCCCAAUCCGGAACAGACAGGUGCGAGGUCCGGGCGGCGCCAACCAAUCAGCGGCGUUUGCGGCCUGGAGGGGCGCCUGAGUGACGGCUAGGCGGGCCAAUCGGGAGCCGCGCAGCCCUUGCGCCCGCCCACCCUUCCGGUCGGGUGCUAUUUACAAGGGGCGUGCACGCCGCCUGCCAAUCAGAGCGCGGCUCGGCGGCCAGGCAGCCAACCCCGGAGGAGCGGCCGGCCGGCGUCCGCCGCACCCAGGAGUUGGGGAUGUCCUACAAACCCAUCGCCCCCGCCCCCAGCAGCACCCCCGGCUCCAGCACCCCAGGGCCCGGGACUCCGGUCCCGACAGCGGGGAGUGUCCCCUCGCCGUCGGGCUCGGUGCCGGGAGCCGCCGCCCCGUUCCGGCCUCUGUUUAACGACUUUGGGCCGCCCUCCAUGGGCUACGUACAGGCGAUGAAGCCACCCGGCGCCCAGGGCUCCCAGAGCACCUACACGGACCUGCUGUCGGUCAUUGAGGAGAUGGGCAAAGAGAUCAGGCCCACCUACGCGGGGAGCAAGAGCGCCAUGGAGCGCCUGAAAAGAGGUAUCAUUCAUGCCCGGGCCCUAGUCAGAGAGUGUCUAGCCGAGACAGAGCGGAACGCCCGCACGUAACCCCCCCAACUCAGAGCCGCAUCUGGACGUGCCCGGCCACUACAGAGCACCUGCUUCUCCCUGGCCUUCACCCCGAGUUGCACUUCCCAGCCUGGGCCUCGUGACCUGUGUCCCCCCACGAGGGGGGAUGCCCUCAAGGACCAGGGAUCAGUGCUCAAGCCAGUCGGCAGCGUUCACGGGGACUCCCCCAGCCCCAGUUAUAUAGCAGCGAAUUUCUCCACACCCACCUCCAGUCCUGCAGACAUUGGUGGUGGAGGGGGGUGUCCCACUGGAGCUCCCGUCCUCUCCCCUUCAAACCAAUGUCUUCCGGGCUGGGCCCUGCUGGCCCACCACCUCCCUGCCUUGUCUCCUAGGCCAUAAUCACUCUUUUUCUCAGUGUGUCUUUUGCUAAAUAUGCCCUUUUUGUAUAAAUAAAGGAUAAUUUGAAGUUGUGCUCUUA